AUGAUUGCAAACUUCGUACGCCUUAUUAUUAUUAUUAGUAGUACUUACAUUUUUACUGUACAAACUCAAACUAAUAUUCCAAUUGGUUGGUUUGUUGAUGACACAACAUCGAAUGAUGUUGAUGGAAAAACAUUUUCACUAGCCUUAGCAGCAGCGACGAAUUUAAGUGAUUAUUUUAUUUGGCCAAGAGAUCUAUUAACUUUUCAAUCAGUUCAUGAUAAUGUUAGCAAUGCUAAUAUUUAUUCUGGUUUUCAUCGAAUUUGCAAUCAACUUGAAUCCGGUGCCAUUGGUUCUGUAUCAAGUAUUGACAAUCAAAAAACACAUCUACUUGAGUCAUUUAUGACACGUUUACGUAUAUCGAUGAUAUCAUUAAAUUAUUUCAAUUAUAAUAAACAAGAAUCAAAUACAAUAAGUAAAAUCUAUCAUUUAGCUAUGAAAGUAGAUCUUCUACCGGCAUUAGCUGCAUUUAUAAAACGUUAUAAAGUAACAACUUUAUAUUAUAUUGUGGAAGGUGAAGAAGCAUUUUCACGUUUUCAAGCAAUGAUGGUAGCACAAGCAAGAGAAAAAAGCUACGAUAUAUUAGAUAUACAAAUUCGACGUUUAAUCGACAUACAUAAUCAAAAUCAUACAAAAAAUUUACUCCAAAGUGUUGAAAUUAAAGAUCGAGGCUCAAAAGAAGAACGUUUUAUUGUGCUUGAUCUGAAAUAUAUUGAUAGUUAUAUUAAUCUACUUAUGCAAAUUCGACAUCAUGGAAUGACAACACCUCAUUAUCAUUAUAUUAUAAUGAGUCUUGAAGCUGAUCGAAUUGAUAUGCGUUUUUUUCGUUAUGGUGGUGUUAAUGUUACAUAUUUUCUACCAAGAUCAAUCUAUAGAAUGGAUCAUUCAGUUGAUCCUGCUACAACAGAUCGUCUUUCAUUACCAUCGUUUCAGAAGAAAGCUCUGGCUGAUGCUCUAUCUAUAUAUAUGCGGGCAAUAAUGGCUCUAGAUGAGCCGACACGGGCUGAAAUUCUUCAUGCAAGUGAUAAUGAAGACAAUUUUGAUCAUCUUAAAAUCGAAUGUCGAGCAAAAGAUAAAAAUCAUCCACAUGAAGCAUUUGGUGAAAAUUUAUUUAACAUCAUGAAAACAAUUUCAUUUGAAGGCUAUUCAGGUUACGUAUCAUUUAAUGAAUACGGUGAACGUAUCAAUUAUACACUAAAUAUUCACCAAGUAACAAUGAACAAAUUACCACGAAAUAUUGGAAAUUAUACUCAUGAUCAAUUUUACAUGGAUGAUCUUAAAGGAUUUGAAGGUCGGCAAGCACACGAUUUUGAUAAAGCACGUGAAAGAAUAAUCACAACUAUUCUUGAUGAACCGUUUACAAUGUUAAAUGAAAGUACUGUUGGCAAUUUAUCAGCAUCAGAUGCAGCUGGUCAAUUUUUUACAUUCGAUCAAUUGUGUGGCUAUUGUAUUGAUUUAGCACGUUUAAUAUGUGAAAAGAAACUUGAAAUACGAUGUAAAUUUCGUAUUGUAAAAGAUAAUUCGUUUGGUGGCAAGCCAGCUAAUGAUCAACCGUGGAACGGUAUGAUUGGUGAAUUAGUUCGACAUGAAGCUGAUCUUGCUGUUGCACCAUUAACAAUAACAAGUCAACGAGAAAGUGUUGUCGAUUUUAGUAAACCAUGGAUGAAUCUUGGUAUAAGUAUUUUAAUUAGUAAACCAGAAAAAAACAAGCCAGGCGUUUUUUCAUUUAUGGCACCAUUGUCCAGCGAAAUUUGGAUGUGUGUUACAUUUGCCUAUAUUGGUGUUAGUGUUAUACUUUUUCUUGUUUCGCGUUUCUCACCCUAUGAAUGGAGUAUUGAAGAUGAAGCAACACCACAACUAUCAAAUAAAUUUUCCAUUUUAAAUACACUGUUUUUUGCAUUGGCUGCUUUUAUGCAACAAGGCGUAGAUUUUAUACCAAGAUCGAUAUCGGGUCGACUCGUUGCCAGUGUUUGGUGGUAUUUUUCAAUGAUUCUUGUAUCAUCGUAUACUGCCAAUUUAGCUGCUUUUCUAACGGUCGAACGUAUGGUUACACUAAUUGAAAACGUAGAAGACUUAGCAAGACAAACAGAAAUCAAAUAUGGUGUAGUACGUGCUGGAUCAACUCAAGCGUUUUUUGAGAAAUCUGAUGUCAAACUUUUUCAACGUAUGUGGGCAUAUAUGCAACAAAGUGAUGAUGUUUUAGUUAACAACAAUGAAGAGGGAAUCAGUAAAGUUCGCAAAUCCAAAGGAAGAUACGCAUUUUUACUCGAAUCAAUUAAAAAUGAAUAUACAAAUGAACAAGCGCCAUGUGAUACAAUGAAAAUUGGUUCAAAUCUAGAUUCUAAAGGCUAUGGUAUAGCAACGCCAGUUGGAUCAGAAUUAAGGGAAGCUAUCAAUAUAGCCGUGCUUGAAAUGAGUGAAGAUGGCACAUUGAAUACACUGAAAAGAAAAUGGUGGUAUGACAGAUCCGAAUGUCAUAGUGGCACUACCAAGGAUUCGAAACAAAAUAAUGCACUUAAUCUUGUUAAUGUGGCGGGUAUAUUUUAUAUAUUAAUUGGUGGCUUGGCAUUGGCUAUGACUAUUGCAAUAAUAGAAUUUUUUAUAAAAGCAAAUAUUGAAGCUAAACAAACGAAAAAUAAUUUCUUCGAUGUUAUGAAAAGAAAUAUGAGAUUAAGUAUCGCUGGUAUUGAUUGGGAAGAAAAACCUGCAGAACCAUCCCUGUUCAAAUAUCCUCCACAAGAUAAUUUUCAAAGCUCUGAUCCACUAUUUGAAGAACACAAUCGUAUUAAUAAUCAUAAUCAUAUCAAUGGAAAUCAAAGUCAAGUUUAA